GGGAGAUCGGGGUGUCGCGUGCGCCUUCUUGUUUGUAUUUCGUGCGGUGUUCCAAACGAAACGGCCAGAUAUACACCUCACGGCCGCUGCCGCCUGCGCUCCCGCGUCACAUUUUCGCCCGUUAUUCUGCAUGUCAGCCGCUGCGAGCGCCGCAACGAUGAAGAACUCGCCGCCGGCGUCCGACGCUCGCAUUUCGAAGCGACUUGCCACCAGACAGUGUCGCCCGCUGUUAAUUUGAGUGUUAUAUUGCCCGAAAGCUACCGCGCGCGCGCGCGGCCGGGUAUUUUGUGAAGUUUCCGACAGUUGACAGUCGUCUGCGGCGAGUGACAGUUGCCGCGAACUCCAGUGUCGUCUGCACGAAGCAGAAGCUCUUUUCCUGCAGGGGCCUAAAUGGCAACAAUAGAGAUGGGAAACUGUCAGCACGGCAACAAUUAGGCGCGCGGUUGGGGAGCUGGCGCCAGGAGAACUGGCGCGCCACCCCACCGUGUCAAAACAGAUUUGCAGCAGCCGACAUCGCGUGUGCCAGUGCGUUUGCCAGCUUGUCAGCAUAGUUAAACUAUAUCUGUCUGUUUCUCCCGACAUGUACGUUACGACAUUAUCGGGGUAGACUUUGUACCUACGUACAUACGUCGUCGUCCCAGUACUGCACCGCCGGCCGCCGCAACAAUCGACGCCAGCGAGAUGUACCCGUGGUAUCGAGAUUCUGUGAGCCAGCUAGGGCAAUUCUGCCCGCCGGCGAACCCCAUGUCCACAACCAUCAAGACGGAGAACGGCUACAACGACUGCAUGCUGGCGCUAGAUUACGCUGCACAGACCAAGAAGGCAGCGUUCGUGUGGGGCGGCGAGUCGUCGUCGGCGCACCACCACCACCAGCAGGCGCAGCACCAGCCGCAGCAGCAGCCGCCGCCGCCGCAGCAGCAGCAGCCGCAGCACCAGCAGCCGCAGCCGGCGCCGCAGCAGCAGCAGGUGUCGCAGCAGCACCAGCUGCAGCUGCAGCAGCCGCACCCGCCGCACGCGCCGCACCAGGGCAAGUCCGCCGCGGCCGCCGCUGCCGCGCUGCACGCGCCGCCCGCCUCCGCGCAGGGCCUAGUGCACUGGAUGUCCGUCAUGGCCGAGCACAUCAACACGCCGCACCAUGACUCCAUGCACUACAUGUGGAACGGCGUCGAGCAAUGCGGCCCCCACGGGAAGGAGCUGGAUUACGCGUGGUCGCGGCAGUCGGUCGUCGCAAAGCAGGGAUAUGAGGCGAAGAUGAGUACGCUGGAUCAACAUAACCAUUCCAUGCAGAAAGGCGGAGGCGGUGGCGCCGAGGACCAGCAGCUGGGCGGCGCGCUGGCGGCGCGCUCCUCCAGCUCCAGCAGCUGCGCCUCUCCGCCCACGCACGCGCACCCGCACGCGCACGCCGGCGCCGCCCCCGCGCCACCGGCCGCCAUGCUCGUCGUGCCGCAGCCCAUCAACGCCUCCAAGCAGGCGCCCGCCACCAACGGCGGCCCGCCACCGCGCAAGUACCAGUGCAAGAUGUGUCCUCAGGUCCGAGGUAGGAAACGAGCUGGUGCCAAAGCGAGGGAUGGCAGCUUAUCCUGGCCAGGCAUUGACCAUACAAACCCGGAGAUAUUUGGUUCAAAGGCUGAUUUGCAGCUUCAUACCCAGAUCCACAUGAGAGAAGCGAAGCCAUACAAAUGUUCUCAGUGCAGUAAAGCAUUUGCAAACAGUUCUUACCUGUCUCAGCACACGAGGAUCCAUCUGGGCAUCAAACCGUAUCGGUGUGAAAUAUGCCAACGGAAAUUUACACAACUUUCUCACCUGCAGCAGCACAUUCGCACGCAUACUGGAGAUAAACCGUACAAGUGUCGUCAUCCCGGCUGCAACAAAGCCUUCUCUCAGCUGAGCAACUUGCAGAGUCAUUCAAGGUGUCACCAGACUGAUAAGCCAUACAAGUGUAACUCGUGUUACAAGUGCUUUUCAGAUGAGCCAUCUUUACUUGAACACAUUCCCAAGCACAAAGAAUCAAAGCAUUUGAAGACACACAUCUGCCAAUACUGUGGAAAAUCGUACACACAAGAAACGUAUCUUACAAAACAUAUGCAAAAGCAUGCAGAAAGGACUGACAAGAGACCGCCUAUAACAGGUAUCGGGCCCGAUGUGAGAAACGCCGGUCUUGGAGGCGGCAAUGGUAACUCAGUUGCUGACCCACAUCCUUACUGGCCUAAAGUAUCGCCUGACACUGCUAGCUCACUGGUCGAAGCAAUGAAUCAGCACGAGGUAUGCAUGCAACACGCCAGCAGUGGAGGUCUCGGGGAGCACCACCUGGCCGUGUCACAUCACAGGAGUCUAUUGGAACACGGGAGUCGUCACGUGAACGGUUCUGGCAGCGACGGAGGUGGUAAUGGAGGUAGUGGAAACAGUGAGAAUCUUGUGGUGAUCCGGAGUCAGCAGGGUGGAGCUGCUGGUCUACACCAGCAGCAUUCGGUUGCACCACCUGCUCCACCUCCAACUCCCACCUCACAAUCGCAACAGCAGCAAGCGACAGUGCCAUCGUCACCUUCCUCUGUCUACGGUGAUUCUACGGUAAAGACUUCGACUACUCCGUCGUCAGCUUCUGCUUUCACUCCUAUACAGUCAAUGGGUGGCUUGACACAGACCCACCAUCAUCUCAAUCACUUGAAUCACCACCAGCUGGGGAUAGCUUCACCUCCCACUCGGCCACCGUACAUUCCGUAUGACGCUAUACCGUUUCCACCGCCAAAAGUUGUCACGUCGGCAGCAGGCCAACUUUCUGGCAUGGGUGGAGGUGGUGUCGAGAUGCCAAAGACUGGUUCAAACACGUUCCCUAACCAGCUGAUCUCUUUGCACCAAAUUAGAAACUAUGCUCAUCAGCCAUCAGCCUCUUCAUUAGUAACUGGUGAACAUCUGCUCGGUCUGAAAGAGAAGGGACAGUAAUGAUAUCCUCUGAAUGAAGUGUUGUUGUUUUAGUAAAUGUUUUGAGGAUCUGUUGUUGAGACUGCUCAAAUUUUAGCACAAUGGAACUGAAAGAAGUGUAGAAUCUGGACUGUGAGAAGUAUUUUCAGAGGGUGCCUGUGCGUCGAGUAAAUUAAUUUGUAGUUAAGCAAUAAUGUGCUCAAUUUAGUAGAAAGAACUUUGAGGUUAUUAUUGUUUCCUAAAUUUCACCUGUUCUGCUGUGUAACCUGACAGUGUAUUUGUUUCGUUAUUUAAGUAACGAACUGUAAACCAAAGAGCUGUGGUGUGUCAACUGUGUUAGUGUUGUCAGAAGAAGAAAGUUUGUUUGUCAUGAAGAAAACAAAUAAUUUAUCUCUUCCAAUGUAAACAAAACAUUUUAAAACACCAGUUUAAUUUUUCCAGGCUUUAUAUUUAAGUUGGGUAUACAGCAUAAUAGGUUUCAAAAUUUCCUGUAGAAAUGUCAACUGUUACUUUUGAACAUUUAGUUUGAAUAUGUAUACUACAGGAGAAAUGAAAUGAAAACUCUUGUGCAAUUAAUUUAAAUAGAACUUACCAUUUUAUGUCUGUCAGCAGUUUUAUUGUGACAGUUGAAUUUCUGGUAAAAAAGUUCUGUUUGUACCAAAUAAAAAAAAAACGUGGUUUACAACAUUAAACCUAAACGACAACUUUCAGAAAAAUCAUUCUUUAGAAGAAUUUAUGUGAUUACUCAAAAAAGAUCAUGUGUUGUUCCUGAAGUGAGAAAAAACCAUUUCUGUGCUCAUGGAGUUGUUUACAAAGAAACGUGGUGCUGGCAUUCCAGAAUAUACAAAUGAACUGAUAAUAAUAUGUAAAAAAAUCUUUUCCAUUUAUGAUGUUACAAUUUUGAACAAUAAAAGGCUCAUUCAAAGAGAGCUGCAGAGAAAUACUGAUGUGCCGUCUGUCUGUCUGUGCACUAUAAACUUAAUGACUGUAUCAUUGUGGAUUAUCAUAUGUUUCCUAUAAAAUGCAUUCUAUAUGUUUUGAA